AUGGUCGUCCAACUUUCCUACCGCAAAUCCCUCCGCUGGGUCCCAGGCGAACCCUCAGAACCGACUUCAACUCUAGUCCUCGAUGUCGGCGACUUUUUCGUCGACCUCCGCAUCCUCAAAGCCACUGGAAACAUCGACUGGGCAAUGGCCGGCAAACGCACAAUUCUUUCUUCAUCACCACGUAAUGAANNAUGCCAAUGGACCAAAGAAAUCUGCUCCCAAAACACCGAAGCCCAUGAUGAUGUUGGAGAAUUUGAAGAUAUGCCCAAUGGCGAUGCAUUAGAGAAAGGAAGUAUGCCAAACCCAGACAACAAUGAUGAGAUUCAAGCAUACGAGGAAGUGUGGGGGAACCUCGAUAUUGGCUCUUCAGAUGAGCCAAGCUGGAUAUUGAGAAGUAAGGAUGGCAAUGGGAUUACGUUUGUGGGUAAAGUUGGGGAUUGGUUUCAGGUGUUGAGGAAGAAGCAAGAUGGACAAUUUUCGGUGUUGAGGGAGGAGAAGGUAAAGGGAGAAUGGGUGCAGAGGUAUGCGGUUGGUGAAAAGUUGCCUUCGAUGCAGGGAUUGGGAGAAAAGGUGUUUAACCCACAAAACUGGAAACAAGAUACCGAUGUCAAAGUCGAUGGUGUGACAUAUACAGUCUAUGCUCUCGGAAAGGCCUAA